AUGGCCGCGCUGCUCUACCGGGAACGGAUGAUUCAUCGCCCGCCUGCCGUCCGCCAACCGAUUUUUACACAGUCGCACCCCUCCCAAAAAAUGAUCACAACUUGCACGAGGUCAUCACCAACAAUUCGGUACCUACACAUGUCUGGAAUCAUCCAUCGAGAUCUGAAACCCUCCAACAUCGUCGUCAACGACCAGUGCGGCUUGAAGUGCUUGAUUUUGGCCUCGCCCGCAAGAACUCCUCGACACGGCGAUGCGGAUGGUGAUUACGUCGUCACGAGAUACUCCGAGCCCCGGAAAACCUUAAACCGUACUUCACGGCUCUUCCCCGGCCGUGAUCGGAUCGACCAUUGGACGUCCAUCAUUCGCGAGCUCCGCACGCCGUCCGAUGACUUUAUCGAAAGGCUUGGAACCUCGGCAGCGAUGUACGUCCGAAGUUUGCCUAUGUACCCCGGCCGAAGUAUCGACCAGAUCGUUGGCGACGCGGAUUUCCUGUCAAAUACCGAGCAACCGAACGUUAACCUGACUGCUGCGGCCGCCCGAGACCUACUCGUCCACAUGCUCGCCAUCGAUCCGAAAGACCGAUACUCCGUCGAGCAAUCCCUCAACCACCCCCUACGUCAAGCUGUGGUUCAAGACGGAAGAACCCUCAUCUUCGGCGAGAUGAUGCAGUUCCAGAACGCGCACAACAUCUUCACGGGCACCGCA